CCUAUAUACUACCAGCUUAGAUUCGAUGUUUUCCUCAGUCUGACGGUGGCUGUGAACGCGCGCGGAUCCAUCGGAACGGACAAUCCUAAACAUACUCAGCUUUUCCCGGGUUGACCGUUAAAGUUCUAAUCGUGUGUGUUGAAGGUGGAGAAAAAAAACUUGACAUUGAAUCCUGAAAAUUGCGAUCGGUUCAGUGAUUUGGAGUUGUAAUCGAAUUUAAUUGAAUCCAAAAUUACACGGUAGAUGACCUGGUGUUACCGGUAGAGGGUGGAUUUGUGAAGACCAUCCGGCAAAUUUUGUGUUUGUUGGAAGCGGGAAAAGGAAGUUUUGGAAUUUGGUUCCUGAAGUGAGAAUGAGAAUAUAAACUGUGAUACCGACAACGGAAAGCGUGCUGAUUGUGUUUGAACCACGUGGGGAAAGUGAUUGCGGCAGAGUUAAACGCUGCAAUUAGAGCGUUGUCAGGCGGCGCGCAGUCACCCAUAAAGCAAUUGGCACAGAAAGCGGUGCGGUGAUUGGUGACAGCAAAAAACCGGUGAAAGGAACCUACGGCCUCCGUUUUGGCGCGCGACAAAUUGGCGAUGGAAGGUCACGAGAAUAACGGAUUUGUUGGGGAUAGCCCCUCAAUUCCGGGUCAGUUCCGAUGGAGUAAACCUAUGGAAAAGGAUGUGGCAGUUCACAGCAAUGUUUCCGGAGAUCGAAGGGACUCCAGGAGCGGGGACUCAGUAGUAACACAGACGGUAACCAGUUCAACAGCCUCCCUGGACAAUGAAGACAGCGAAGCAGCUAAAGGACGUGAUCAAUGGGGGAAGGGAAUCGAGUUCCUGAUGUCCUGCAUAGCCAUGUCCGUUGGAUUGGGUAAUGUGUGGCGGUUCCCUUUCAUAGCUUUACAAAAUGGAGGAGGUGCCUUUGUCAUACCUUACAUAAUAGUGCUUCUACUAGUUGGUAAGCCAGUAUACUACAUGGAGAUGAUCAUUGGACAAUUCUCCAGCCGAGGCAGCGUAAAAGUAUAUGAUUGCGCUCCUGCUAUGAGAGGCGUCGGCUAUGGACAGGUCCUCUCGAUAGCGAUCGUUUCCACGUACUACGCGUCGCUGAUGGCCACCACGUUGAAGUAUCUGUUUGAGUCGUUCCAAAAGAUCCUUCCGUGGGCCACCUGCGACGACAGCUGGGCCGGCUUCUGUAUCCCUUCGGGGAAUGCCGCCCUGCAUCGGCCCGCGAACGGUACGAUCGCAUCCAACGUGACCUCCGUUGUACAGAUGAGUUCUUCCGCCGAGUUGUACUAUAAACGAGUCGUUCUCAAAGAAAUCGACAGCAUUGAUGACGGCAUUGGACUUCCAGAUUGGCAACUGACGCUCUUUUUAUGUCUGUCAUGGUCCAUCGUACUGCUGAUCCUGAUCAAAGGUGUCCGAAGUGCUGGAAAGGUAUCCUACUUCUUGGCUCUAUUCCCGUACCUAGUCAUGGGUAUCCUGCUAGUCCGUGCCUGCACACUGCCCGGCGCCAUCGACGGCAUCGUGUACUUCCUCAAGCCCCAGUGGGACAAGAUCUUGGAUCCGAAGGUUUGGUACGCAGCCGUUACGCAGUGUUUCUUCUCGUUGUCGAUCUGCUUCGGUAACAUUAUCAUGUACUCGUCGUAUAAUAAAUUCCGCCAUAAUGUUCAUCGGGAUGCUACGAUCGUGACCACAAUCGAUACAUUCACUUCGCUGUUGGCCGGAUGUACGAUUUUUGGGAUCCUGGGACAUUUGGCGCACGUCGUUGGCAGCAAGGAUGUUGGAUCGGUGGUGAAAUCAGGAGCUGGAUUGGCAUUCAUUUCCUAUCCAGAAGCGAUAGCGAAAUUUGACGUUGUGCCGCAAGCGUUCUCGGUACUGUUCUUCUUGAUGUUGUUUGUACUGGGGAUUGGAAGCAAUGUAGCAAUGACGUCUUGUGUGAUGACUGUGAUCCGGGAUCAGUUUCCGAAAGUGAAGAAUUGGCAUGCAGCUACAGUGAUCGCACUUUGUGGAGUGGGUUUGGGAAGCAUCUACGUAACUCCGGGCGGUCAGUACAUCUUGACAUUGGUUGAUCACUUUGGAGCGUCAUUUAUUGCGUUGGUGCUGGCGAUUGCUGAGCUGAUCACUAUCGGCUGGAUCUACGGAGUGGAUAGGCUGUGCAAGGAUGUGGAAUUCAUGCUGGGUGUACGUCCAAAUUUGUACUGGCGACUGUGUUGGAAGUGGAUCACUCCCUUGAUGAUGGCAGCCAUCUUGAUUUACAAUUUGGUAACGUUGGAGCCAUUGACUUAUCAAGGUUAUGUCUAUCCAACGAUCGCCUAUGAUUUCGGAUGGUCCAUUGCUGCAUUUGGACUUCUACAGUUGCCGAUUUGGGGGACUUAUGCUAUUUUAAAACAGGAUGGCAAGAACUGGACAGAAAAACUGAUGAACGCAUUCCGGCCGUCGAAAAAUUGGGGACCGAUUGAUGCUAACCUGAACCAAGAGUACAAAAAAUUCAUCAAUGAAGACUGAUGAACCGAUGAUAGGUCACAACGUGCUGCCAACGAAGAAGUUAUGGAACAACCAGCUCAACAAAGCUGAUAAUUUUCCCAAGUGCUACAAAAGUAUUACUGAAUAUGAUUUGUGAUAUACAUAUGAAAACUCGUGUAUUAUAAUGUAAUAUAAUUUAUUUUACUUUUUACGACAUAAAACAAUAAAAGAGAUAAUUUCUUAUCACAAAA